UUUUAAACAAUAUUAAUUAUUUGAUGGAUUGGUCUAUCUGUACUUUAACCUCUCGGGGCACUCGAAUUUGCCCUGGAGGUACUGAAUAUUUUAUAAGAAAUGUAUAUCCACCUAUUCAAGAACUUCAACCAAAAGUAUUGGCUGUUGUAAUUAUUUUUACUUUAUGUUUGGUUGUUGGAAUAUGUGGAAAUGCAUCCGUUUUAACUUUAAUUUAUGGAAUGAUUAAAGGAAUUCAACCAAAAAAUUCUUCACGUACCGGGCAUCUUCCAAAUUCUCAAAGAAGUACAGACAACACAAUUUUAUAUAUUGCCGCCCUUUGUGUUGUUGAUUUUUUAAUGUCCUUAUCUUUACCUCCAGCUAUUUUGGACAGCAUAAUUGGUUUUUGGAUGUUUGGAACCCCUAUAUGUAAAUUGCAUCACAUUUUUGGUUCUGUUGGAAGAAUUGUUUCAACAUUUAUAAUUACAGCAAUGUCUUUUGACCGUUGGGUUGCUGUCUGCCAUCCUUAUAAACGAAAAUUUCGUUCAAGAAGAUUUGUUCUUUGCACUAUUUUUGCUCUUUGGUUAAUUGCUUUUCUUCUUCUUUUGCCAAUGCUUACAUAUGCUAGGGCUAAUGAAAUUCUUUUGCACCAACUUCGGCAACCAGAUCCAGUAUUAGGCAUUACAAAUAUUACUCGAGUACGUGUUUAUAAAUGUUCUGAUAUGUUACCUCCACUAGUUUUUUAUUGGUUUACUUCCUCAACAUUUUUCUUGGGUUAUUUAGUUCCCCUUAUUUUGAUUGUUUACUUCAAUUAUUGUUUAAUUCGUAAAUUAUAUAAACACACAAAACAAUUAAGAAGUGGAAUACCUUUACGGAGAAUAACUAUUUACACUAUUUUAAUUGCUGCUUUAUAUUUCCUUUGUUGGACACCUUAUUGGUGUUCUGUACUUUAUGCUAUUUGGAUGUCUAUAUUUACUGUUGAUAAACCAACAUCAGAAUUAAUUCUUUUUAUUAUUUAUUGUGUUCAUUUACUCCCUUAUUUGGGGUCUGCUUCGAAUUGGAUACUUUAUGGCCUUUUAAACACACAAUUACAAAGAAGACAACACGAACCUUCAACAUCAAUAACUACAGCAAUACAUACAAAUAUACCCCCAGAUGAAGCUAAUAGUUUAUUUAAUGAAAAUGAUACUCAUCAAAAUAGCAAUUUAAUUAAUUGUUGGAAGCAUUCGGGUAUUCCAAAUGGGCAUUCAAAUAUAGCUAAAGCAAUGGGACGUAAAUCUAAAAGACAAACAUCUUCUGCUGACAGUAAAGAAGAUUUAUUGUUGUUAGAUACUAACAAGCCUUCAAAACGAAAAUCAAUUUCCCUUUGUAAUAAUGAAAAUAAUAAAAUAAUUAAUGGAAAUGAUUUUAUCUCAAAUAAAAAUAAUUUACAACAACAAUCAUUUAUUUCUUCACCUUCUUAUUCUUCAGAAUUAGAACAAACACCUAAUGAAGAAGAAGGGGAUCAACAACUUUAA